GUCUGGUGUCCUUAUAAGAAGAGGAGAUGAGGUCAUAGACCUACACAGAGAGGGAACACCAUGUGAGGACACAGGGAGAAGACAGCAUCUCCAAGCCCAGGAGAGAGGCCUCAGGAGGAACCAGCCCCGCUCACACCUUGUCUCAGAUUUCCAGCCUCCAGGACUGCAAGAGAAUCAAUGUCUGUGAAAGAACAUUACAUGGCAUUUCCUACUGAAGAUGGGACUUAGCACAAAAACCAUCAUGGAUUCCAUCAAAGAGAUCAUUAAUGUCUCAAAACGUCUCCAAGGAUACAUGAUCUACAAAGGACCACAGAGUGCCCUGCAGAAUUGGGUUGAAAAACUAAAGAAGGCAAACAGAGUUUAUGGUAAGGCGGCAGUCUCUGGUCCCCGUUGUGAGAUUGGGUUCUUCCUCCCUGUUCCUGGAGUGGCAUGGAGAAAAGAGCAUGGAUUUGCAGAAGAGACACUUGAGAGAGAGGAAAGAGGUCUCGAUCCAGACCCCAAGAGAGGCUUGUUGAAUGUCACACAAGAAAGAAUUCGGGGCGAGUCCACAGUGCAAAGCAAAAGCAAGUUUAUUAACAGAGUAAAGUGGUGAAAGUACAGCUACUCCAUAGACAGAGCAGGGCGUUCCCGAAAGCAAGAGGAGGAACGCAUCCACCGAUACAACAAAGCUUUAAAGCACGAAAAAGAUGAACUCGAAACACCAGUGACUGGAGGAACCAUGACAACACAAACAAGAAGGAAACAAGAAAGAAAAAGCAUAAUCCUGGUUUUUGUGUUCUGAAUUGUGGAUUUGAAAUUGAGGCUCCCGUGGCUGCUGACAGCCUGCCUUGAUGCUGCUGAUGUCUGGGUGAUGAACAGUCAUGGGUUUCCUCCCACCUGCCUCUGUGGAUUAAUGAAGAGCAAGGCAGGAAUGGCAGACCUGCCAUCUGGAGUGACCUUACCUGAUAAGAUUGUUCUGCCUUGCCCGCCAAAGGAGCCCACUCCAUUAUGAAAAAGAACUUCAAGCAAAUUUGACUCUUUCUUCACUGAGUUCUAACAUACUCCAGACCUGUAUUGUGGAAGCUCUUCCUAAAGUCCAUUUGUGUGGAAUGACUGCGCUGCUAUAUCCCAUCGUGGGCAAAGGAUACCUGCUAUGAAGGGCGAACUGGCAUCAAGCCUAAGUCUUCAUUAAGAGCAAGAACCACAACAUUUGGAGAUUACCAACAUGGUUUUCAGCCCUCAGCUUUGGCGAGACUUCUUCCUUUUCAUUCUUUUCUGGGCAAAUCUAAACCUUUGGAGAAGUAGAUGAGUGAAGUCAAUUGCAAAGAGACUGGAUCUCUCUCUAUCACCCAGACUGGAGUGCAGUGGCACAAUCGUGGCUCACUGCAGUCUUGAACUCCUGGCCUCAAGAGAUCUUCCUGCCUCAGCCUCCUGAAUGGUUGCAACUACAGGUGAGAGCCUGGCUCAUUUUAACCUUUUAAAAGUGCAUGGUUCAGUGGCAUUAAGUACAUUCCCCUUGUGCAAUUGGUACUCCCAUUCACUUCCAGAGCUUUUUUCUUUUCCCCAAAGUGAAACUCCAUAACUAUUCAGCAAUAACUCCUCAUCACUCCUUUCCCACUUCCCCAGCCCUUGGUAACCACGAAUCUACUUUUUGUUUCUAUGAACUUGACUAUUCUGGGUACCACAUGCAAGUGGAAUCAUACAAUAUUUGUCCUUUUGUGUCUGGCUUGUUUAACUUGGCAUGAUGCUUAGUUCACAUGGCGUGAUGUCCUCUAGGUUCAUCCAUGUUGUAGUAUGUAUCAGAAUUUCAUUCCCCUUUUAAGGCUGUAUUAUAUUCCAUUGUGUACAUACACCACAUUUUGUUUAUUAUUUAAGUAAUCUGAAUUUGUUUGUUUGUUUUGUUUUAAACUUUCUAUGCUGAUAUUGUAUUCCUCUGACAAUUAAAAUAAUGGAAUUGCAGAAGA